AUGCAGUCGUUCCUCGGAUGUCUGAAAUACUACCGCAGGUUUAUCGAGGAUUUUGCUAUCUUUGCGUCGGCCCUGUACGAGUUAAGAGAGGUGGACGUCCACGCGUGGCGAUGCAAGCUGAAGGAUGGUCACCAAUCAGCGAUCACGGUCGACGACGAAGAGAAAUGGUCUCGAUUUCAAGUGGAUUUCGCUAUGCUCAAAACAAAGAUGGCUACAGCGCCUAUUUUGCGGAUUUCGAUCCAUCGAAAGAGGCGGUGA